AUGGGUCGCUGAAUGCAUUUAGAUAGUUGUGGGGUGUGACAACAAGCUCCACUUGAAUUUAGAUUAGAUCCACUCGCUUAUAAUUUUUAAUGAUCUAUCAAAGCUAGAAGUCUUCAUCUUCGGAAGGGCUUUGAGUCUAUACUCUGCCAUUUCUGAUUCGCAGCUGGUUUAUAAUUUGGGAUCCUCUCUCUAAACUCUACUUAGCGGAGUGCGACCAUAAUAUUUUGUUACGGCCACCGCUGCGUGUGGCGUCUCCCAGUCCACCAAGGCUUGCAGUGUAAAUGCAGAUUGUUGAUGCGUGAUGAGGCGUAUUCCAGGGUCUGUCUCGCGUUUCUUCUUUCCUCGGAAGAAGUCAUCACAUGAAAAUUAUAAGAACACCGAGAAAGAUUGGGCGUUUCCAGAAGAAUUAUGCCGUCGCUUUUCACUUGCCGAGAUCACAACAGCAACUCAAUGUUUUGAUGCGAGCUUAUUUAUUGGUAUGGGUGUCUUUGGCUCAGUAUACAAAGGGCGUAUUAAGGUCGAUGGGCUUGAGGACAGGACAGACGUGGUUGCAAUCAAGCGCAUUUUCACAGAUUCAGAACACCAAGUGCGUCAGUUCAGGGCAGAGGUGGAGUUACUGUGCCAGCUCCGCCACACCAACAUCAUCUCUCUCAUCGGGUUCUGCCAAGAAAAAGGAGAGUGCUUCAUUGUUUACAAUUACAUGCCCAAUGGUUCCCUCCGUGAUUAUCUUUAUGAAACUUCCAAUAUUAAAAAUAAAGAUGCCUUUCCCUUGACUUGGAAGCAAAGGCUGAAAAUUUGUAUUGGGGUGGCGCGCGCAAUACACUACCUCCACGCAGGGGUUAAGCAUACGAUCAUCCACCGAAACGUGAAAUGCUGGAACAUUCUAUUGGACCAAAACUUGGUCCCCAAGCUUUCAGGCUUCGUGUUGUCUAAGAGGGGUCCUCCAGUCUUGUCAAAUGCAUUAAUCAGACUGAACUCGGAGCUGGCCGGUACAAAGGGCUAUAUUGAUCCAGAGUAUGUAUGGACUGGCCAACUCACCGAAAAAUCUGAUGUCUUCUCAUUUGGAAUGGUGUUAUUCGAAGUUUUGUGUGCCAAAUCUUGCUCAACAGAUAUACCUGAAUGUGUGGAAAGGGGUGAUACUUUCCCUGCUAUGAUUGAUCCAUUUCUGGUGGGAAAAGUAGCUCCAGAUUGUUUGAGAAAAUAUAUGAACAUCGCCGAGAGAUGUGUGCGUCUGUCAGGAGCUGAACGGCCCACGAUGGGUGAAGUGGAGGUAGAACUUGAGUGUGCACUGGAGUCACAGGAGAGCGCGGACGCCAUCAAGCAGCUCAAGGAAUUGGGGACAACUGCAAGUAGUUCUCUUGCUCCUCGUCCUCCUGCCGCUGCACAUGACAUGGAGGACUAUACCUACCAAGAUAUUUCAUUUUCUGAGAUCAAUGAAAAUUUACCACAUAUAUUUGCGGGAGUGGCCGUGAGAUUCAUGUAGUACUGAUCUGGCAGCUUAUGUUGAUGGUAUUGCUAUCCUUGAUCCUAACAGGGAAGCAAUAACUUAGACCAAAUAUUGUGAUAUGCAAUUAUACUACUCUUGAAAGAAAUAAACUUCGGUUAUAUC